AUGGCUUCCAAGAAGCUGCAGCAGGAAAUGGUUCAGGUCGGUUCGUCUCCUCUCAUGACCCUGUCGUCUGCCUCUCCUUUCUGGCGCACCUCAUCAUCCAAUAGCAAGCGUGAGACCAGUCUCGCUGGUGAGAGAAAGGUCUUUGGAGCUUCAUACUCUCACGCAGACAUCCUCAACUUUGAGAACUUGUAUGUCUUCACCACACCCCUUCACCCAAGCUCCCAUCCUGAUCAUCAUCUCAGAAACAUAUCCAACAGCAGCACACCACGUCCACACACACCUCCAUCGCGCGACAACCGACCACCUUUAAAGUCCUCGACCAGUCUCUCUCCUCCAGGACCCCGACGCUCCUACUCAAACUUCUUUGGCGAAUCAACAAAGACUUAUGAUCUGCCGCAAGAUGAAGAAGCCUUGGACUUCGACGAAGAUGAGGACGAAUUCGGCCUACCGAGCAUAGCGAGCAUGAGGAGGAAGGGCAAAAGACAAGUCGCAAAGAAGAAGAGAGACACAGGGGGCUCACAAUCGUCCUUGACCACUGUUCCGUCAGCUACUGCGACACUGGCUUCAUGGUCCAUGAACAAUGGAGAUAUCGCCGAAGAACGCAGCUUGCCAAGUUAUCCUACCACGAAGCGAUCCGACGGCAAGAUCCUCCGACCACAGUACAAAGACAUCCUCAGGGAUCCAGCAAACGCUCUCCAUCUCAUAAACCACGCACCUGCCCCACUUAACGCCUCCCCGAAAGAAAUUGAAGCUCACUCAGCCCGCAUUACUCGCAUCAACAAGUUCAAACGUAUUCUGCAGGCUUCUUCGAUUAACUUGGCCGAGCUACGCGACUCUGCUUGGUCUGGACUGCCCGAAGAAGUCAGAGCUAUGUCAUGGCAAAUCCUACUUGGCUAUCUUCCGACAAAUAGCGACAGAAGAGUGGCUACGCUGGAGCGCAAGAGGAAUGAAUACUUGGAGGCUGUGCGACAGGCUUUUGAGAAAGGUACAUCCACGAAUGAGGCCGAGUCUGUCAUUGGGAUUGGUGGUAUCUCGUCAUCACCCGCGACUCAACGAGGCAAGGGCCGAGGGCUGGACGAGGCUAUCUGGCAUCAAAUUAGUAUCGACGUGCCGCGAACGAACCCACACCUUGAGCUGUACAGCUUCGAAGCAACACAGAGAUCUCUUGAGCGGAUACUGUACGUAUGGGCAAUUCGCCAUCCCGCAAGCGGCUAUGUUCAAGGAAUCAACGAUCUGGUCUCGCCAUUUUGGCAAGUCUUCCUUGGAAUGUACAUCACGGACCCAGAGAUCGAAUUCGGCAUGGAUCCUGGACAACUUCCCAAACAAGUUCUAGACGCGGUUGAGGCCGAUACUUUCUGGUGUCUUUCCAAACUUCUUGAUGGCAUUCAGGACAAUUACAUUCACGCACAGCCUGGCAUCCAGCGGCAGGUGGCCAGUCUUCGAGACUUGACCACGCGCAUCGACGGCAACUUGGCCAAGCAUCUCGAGAACGAAGGAGUAGAGUUCAUACAAUUCAGUUUCAGGUGGAUGAAUUGCUUGCUCAUGCGCGAAAUUAGCGUCAGAAACACCAUCAGGAUGUGGGACACGUAUUUGGAUCAAGGGUUCUCUCACUUUCAUCUCUAUGUCUGUGCUGCUUUCCUGGUCAAAUGGUCAGACCAACUGCUCAAGAUGGAUUUCCAAGAAAUCAUGAUGUUCUUGCAAGCUUUGCCAACACGUGGUUGGAACGAGAAAGACAUCGAGCUUCUUCUCAGCGAGGCUUUCAUCUGGCAGAGUCUCUUCCGAAACUCCAAGGCUCAUAUUCAGAAGAGCUCCCAGAACGGACCCUUGUCAGUCACAUUAUAG